GAGUAGUUCCGUUCAUCAAGCAGCAAACUGAGGAGCAUUGACCAUGAGGAAGGUGUGCCCCAACCUAGACCGGGAGGACGGCCUCGACACCGUGCUCGAGGUGCCGCUCCCCGAGCUCCACCAGGAGGCGUCGUCCACUGUGCGCAGCCGGCGCCGGCGCCGCACGGUCAAGUCGUGGGUGCGGUCGCACGUCGAUCACCAGCACCGGCGUGAUGGUGCGGCGCUAGCUUCGCGGGCCGACGUGCAGGCCAUGCUCGGCGUGAUGGGCGCGCCGCUGGUGCCCCAGCCCGUGCAGGCCAGGAAGGGCAUGGCCGGACGUGACAUCAAGGAGGAGCCCCUUGAGGUGUCCAAGGCGAGGUACAUCGUGGAGCAGUACGUGGCGGCGGCCGGGGGCGAGGCGGCGCUGAGCGCGGCGACGAGCAUGUACGCGAUGGGGAAGGUGCGGAUGAGCACAUCCAAGGGCAGGGCAGCCAAGAAAGGAAUGGGCGUCGGCAGCGGCGGCGCCGGCGAGGUGUCCGGAGGGUUUGUGGUGUGGCAGAAGAAGCCCGAGCUGUGGUGCGUCGAGAUGGUGGUGGCCGGCGGCACCAAGAUGAGCGCCGGCAGCGACGGCAAGGUCGCCUGGCGCCAGACGCCGUGGCAGCAGGCCCACGCCUCCCGAGGCCCCCCGCGACCAAUCCGCAGAUGCGUCCAGGGUUUGGACCCAAAGUCGACGGCGGACCUCUUCUCCAGCGCCGCGUGGGUCGGCGAGGAAACCGUGGACAGCGAGGACUGCUUCGUGCUGCGCGUCGACGCCGAGGUCUCCGCUCUGGACGCCCGGAGCACCGCCGACGUGGAGGUGAUCCGGCACGCCCUGUGGGGCUACUUCAGCCAGCGCACCGGGCUGCUCGUCCGCCUCGAGGACACCCACCUGCUGCGCAUGUCCACACCCUCGACCGAUGCCGAAGACGGCGAGGACAUGUACUGGGAGACCACCAUGGAGUCCUCCAUCCGCGACUACCGCCCCGUCGACGGCAUCAACAUCGCGCACGCCGGCCGCACCGUCGUCACCGUGUCCCGGUUCGCCAGCGCCGCCGGGACCGUGGACGACGCCGAGGCGCGCAGGAGGAGGCCCUGCACGUGCAUGGAGGAGACGUGGAGCAUCGAGGAGGUCGACUUCAACAUCGCCGGCCUCUCCAACGAGUGCUUCCUGCCUCCCAGGGACCUGCUUGUUAGCAGCAGCUCCAAAGAGCAGCAGCGGCAGAAGAAGCUGGGCCACGGGGCCACAAAGGGUGGUGCUCGGGACGCCGUCAAGGCCGUCGAUGACAGCAGCGACGGUGCUGGCUGCGGCAUCCGCGCGUCCGUCGCCAGGAAGGCGCUCGUUCCGGUCGUGACUGGACUAGCUUGGUUCGGUCCGGUUAAGGUUGCCGCCGUCGACAGCUUGGACGCCGCCGAGGAGUCCAAGGACUCCACGUGCACAUCGACGAGAUGAGAUGGGGCCGUUUGUGUAUAUCUACAAUACGGUACUCGUAUAAUAAUAGGCUAGUAGCUAGAUCAGGAGGUGCGCUUUGCCGCGCCCGU